AUGAGAGAGCCAAACUUUUCAUUCCCUGCUCAAAAUAAGGCUGCUGUUUGCAUUACCUCGGCUCUCUACGACCGACGAGCUUUGGAUUGUACCGCCAUAUUACCACUCAUCAAUUCGCUGACUCAUCUGUCUUAUCUGACAUCGACCUCUCCUCGCAUCAGAGAGAUUUUAGUACUGGAUGGUGGCCUAGAAAGACUGAUUCACAUUCUCAAAACAUGCCAGCGAUCGGAUAAAAGGUCAACUUGGAAAUGGUCUCUUGCAUUUCAGUGCGUUGUCAAUGUCGGUGUCCGCGGCAAUGAACAAAUUCGUACCAGUGUGGUUGAAGCUGAAAUGAUUCCUGUGGUUAUGCAACUACUCGGCAACUUUCUCAAGACGCUAGACCAACUCGGUACAGACAAGGCGUCUACUUUCACCUCGUCAACAGGUUACCAUGGCCUACUUGAAACCAUGCCGGCCUCUACUUUGGAAAAAUCACCCUUUGCCCACGAUGAUGUAUUACCCCCAGCCUCUACGCCCGCCCGGCGGAAGACCAUCUUUCGGCCUUCUGUCACUCGCCUUGCCACACCCUUCCCCCGACCUGCACAACAACCUUCCGACGUCAAAGCCUUUCAACGAGAGGAGGAUGUUUUACUCUCGCUUCAGCUACUUGCAUAUCUUUCAAAAUACCCUCAUCUCAGAAAGACUUUGCAUUCUAAAUACGAAGAAAAUGUGUUUAGUGUCGUCCAGCAAUUCACUCACCGACAGCAUCCCGCCGCCAUUCAGUAUUGGGCUGGAGUCAUCAUGAGAAACGCAUGUCGGAAGGAUGAGACCAACGGAGGUAUACGCCAAUGCGCCAAUAUGCAAUGCGGCAAAUGGGAACGUUUCCCUCGCGAAUUUGCUAAAUGUCGCCGAUGCAGAAAAGCCAAAUAUUGUAGCAAGACUUGUCAAAGUAAAGCUUGGAGUGAAGGUCAUCGAUGGUGGUGUGUUGAACGCCAUGCCCCCAGUCUCCCUACUAGAGAAGAACCUCAACCCAUUGCCAAUGAGCCAGAAACUGCAGCCGUUCAACCUAUUCUUAAUCAGCCUGCACCACCACCUGAAAUUUCAGUGGGCGAGGUGGCCACUCCACCACCAAGUUCUCUCACUGUCUUUGAUCGCUCUCUCAAUGGUGCCAGCAGUAGUAGUGAUAAUACCCAUGGUAUUUCUGCCGAUGUGGACCAAGACCAACGCCAUGUCAUGAUGGAUGUGGAUCCUUAA